AUGAAUGUUAAUAAAGAAAAUCUUAAUAAGAAAAAACAGGUACAAAAUGUUGAUUACAAAAUUCCUGAUAAACAUGCAAUUUUAUUUAGUAGUAAUUGUGUUGUAGUGCAAAAAAAUAUACAGGCUAAUUUUGAAGCCAAUUUUGGCUAUAUGUUGGUAGAUGUUUUAAGGUUUUUGUAUUACAAGUUGAAGAUUUCUGAAGCAGGUUCCAAACAGGAUUUGAUAAAUCAUUUGGUUAGUAAGAAUAAAAAAAGAGAAGUUUCUGAAAAGGCUAAUAUUGAGAAGAAAAAUGUGUCUUUUGCUAGUAAGAAUGCAACUGCAGCUAUGUUGCCUUGUCCAUUUGUACAACCAAUGUGGCAUCAAUCACCUUUUCAGUUAGUGGGUUCUGAUUCUGUUAGUUUUGAAGGUCAGUAG